UCAAGUCCACGCCUGGUCCUUCCUUCGGUUGUGCAUAUCACUUCUCGCACGAACAGGCAGCACGGGACAUUUACGAGUCUUCCAGAAAGUAUUUGGGAUAUUUUCUUCAUUAUGGACUUUGAUCAGUUGAAAUGAAUUUGACACGCAAUUACGACUUCGUUGUUUCACGACUCCAGCAAUUUAGAAAAAUCUAGAUACCAUAGAAAUGCAUUGAUAAACUGAACACAUUUCCUCGAUACAUUUGCAAUCGAGGUCGUAACUAUUUGUAUUAUUAUUAUGAACGAUAGAUUACUACAAGUGUUACACUUUUUAGUACUUUCUUGACCAAAUUGAGGAGGUUAUUGUAAUUCCGUCAACAAGGAUGAUGUUUGGGAAGUCAAGGACUUGCAAUUUUGCCGCUGUUCCUGAGCGGGGUCAACCUGAGUGUAACGUGGUGGUUCUCGGAGUGAUGGGUUCUGGAAAAUCAGCGUUGACUGUGAAGUUUCUCACAAAGCGCUUCAUCAGUGAAUACGACCCCAAUCUCGAGGAUACCUAUUCCACUGAGGAGAUUGUAGACCAACAGCCAGUGGUGGUGAAAGUGAUGGAUACCGCUGACCAGGAUGGUCCUGUGAACUGUGAGCGCUACCUCACCUGGGCCAAUGCCUUCCUGGUGGUCUACAGCAUAGACAACAGACUGAGCUUCGAGGGAUGCCAGCAGUACCUGCAGACCAUCACCCUGCACACUAAAGCCCUCCAGCCUUACACCCCCAUCAUCCUGCUGGGAAACAAGCUAGAUAUGGAGAGAUACAGGCAGGUGAGUCAGUCCGAUGGCUCGGCCCUGGCGUCUCGUUUCGGCUGCUUGUUCUUCGAGGUUUCUGCAUGUCUGGACUUCCUCUCGGUGCAGAGGGUCUUCCACGAGGCAGUGAAGGAAGCCAGGCGGGAGGGCGAGCGAAGCUCCCCGUUACGACCUCUGUACAUCAGCGAGGACAAGCCCCUGGUGAGCCUUUCCUCGGCUGCCUCUUUCGCCAGCCCCCGCUACACGGAGCUACCAGCCCCCACCACCGCCAAGCUGGUCACAGUGAAGUCCUCCAGAGCCCAGAGCAAACGCAGGGCUCCCACACUCACCCUGCUCAAAGGGUUCAAGAUAUUCUAAUGGAUGGAGCAGGAUGACCAUUUUCCUUCAGGGAGAGGAGAAUGAUGUAAGGUGUUGAUGGAUUGGCAUGAAUUGGGAUGCGAAACAAGCAACAAGUGCAUGAACAUACAGAGCAGACUGCAGGACACAUAGGAUUUAUACAGUAUACAACCUUGAUCAGUGAUGUCAU